GUCAGAUUGUAUUAAGAAAAGUCGAGGAAAGAGGACCAUAACACGGAGAAAAAACUAACUUUAUUACAUAGUGAAUAAUUGGAGAUGGGGGUUAUUCGUUUUGCGGCCGUUCUCCUUUUCGUUGUUUCACUGUCCUAUAUCCAUUCUGUGGUCUCAGUCAUCUUUUUGGGACCCAGGAGAGACAAUUUUCUUUUGAAUAAACGGUUCUUCCCUCAAGCAGAAGAAAAACAUCCCAGAAAACGAGCUCCUAUGUUUGAUCCACAAGCCGAAAAGCCUCAGCCAGGUGAAGCAGUGAAAACUAAGAGAUUGGCCUCUCAAGCAGACGCAGAAAAAUCCGAAAAUGGCGCCCCUUUGGGAAACCUAUUUGAUCCACAGGCCGAGAGGCCCAAGAAGAACAAGAAGAGCCCAAGCAGGUCAAAGAGAUUGGCUGCUCGAUCAGAACAUUAUGACAAAAUGCCCCCUCCGGCCGAAAACAUGUUUGAUUCACAAGUCCAACAAGACCAAGACGCUUGUAGGUGGCGGUGUCAGGAGUGGUGUCGACAGCGAUGCCAAUCGUCUGCCUACGAAGAAUGCCUCGAUGGCUGCCUUAACGUCCGUGGCCACCGGUGGAGGAGUUGUAUAAAUAAAUGCAAGAGGGGAGACAUGGACCGGCCUGGAGGAGACAAUGAGGAAGAAGAAGAAGAAGAAGAAGAAGAAGAAGAAGAAGAAGAAGAAGAAGAAGAAGAAGAAGAAGAAGAGGAAGAGGAGGAAUGAAAACAUACGGAAAUCGGUUACCAAGGAAAACAAUAAAUACGGAACAGGAGACUGAAAAAUCUGAAUUAAAUCUAUCGUUCAUGGGUCGUGCAACGUGAGACGAGAAAAAAAAUUUAUG